GACCCGCCAGAGAAAAUGGCGGCGGCGGCGGGGAAUCGCACCUCGUCGUCGGGAUUAUCCUCGGGCAGCAGCGCGGACGCCGCCGCCGCCGCCUCCGGGAGCCUGCAGAGCGGCGCGGGGAGCGUGCCCGGCAGCGGCGGGGGGCUGCUGCGGGCGGCGGGCGGCGGGUGCCGGGAGCAGCGCUCCGACUGGAGACGGAAGCAGCUGCGCAAAGUGCGGAGCGUGGAGCUGGACCGGCUGCCGGAGGCGCCGCUCUUCCUGGCCGGUUCGCCGGAGUCCCCCGACCUCUCGCCGCCCCGCUGCCUCGCCGGCGGCUCCGGCCCCGCCAGCCCCGCGUCCUCCCCCGGCCGCUGCGCCGCGCCCCACGAGCCGCUGCCGGACGGGAGCCCCGCAGGAGCCGACCCCGCCGCCGAGAGGAGGAUGGAGCCGUCUCCCCCUGCCGGUCGUGACAUGGAGAAUAAAGAAACCCUCAGGGGGUUGCAGAAAAUGGAUGACCGCCCAGAAGAGCGCAUGAUCAGGGAGAAACUCAAGGCAACAUGUAUGCCAGCCUGGAAGCAUGAAUGGCUGGAAAGGAGAAGCAGGAGAGGCCCUGUGGUGGUAAAACCAAUCCCAGUGAAAGGUGAUGGCUCUGAAAGCAACAAACUAUCAAUAGAACCUCACGUUGAAGGGCAAAGCAAUGCUUCUGCAACUCAGAAAGGAAGACGUAGCCCUUCUCCUAGUAGCUCCUCAUCCUCAUCCUCUAGAACUGUUAAAUCAGAAUCACCAGGUGUUAGAAGAAAAAGGGUAUCUCCAGUGCCUUUUCAAAGUGGGAGAAUAACACCACCUCGAAGAGCUCCGUCUCCAGAUGGCUUCUCACCAUAUAGCCCUGAGGAAACAAAUCGUCGUGUCAACAAAGUUAUGCGAGCCAGAUUGUACCUGUUGCAGCAGAUAGGACCUAAUUCUUUCUUAAUUGGAGGAGACAGCCCUGAUAACAAGUAUAGGGUGUUCAUUGGGCCUCAGACAUGCAGUUGCGGGCGUGGAACAUUUUGUAUUCAUUUGCUGUUUGUCAUGCUUCGAGUGUUCCAGUUAGAACCCCCAGACCCAAUGCUUUGGAGAAAGACCUUGAAGAAUUUUGAGGUUGAGAGUUUGUUCCAGAAAUAUCACAGUAGGCGUAGCUCAAGGAUCAAAGCUCCAUCUCGUAACACCAUCCAGAAGUUUGUCUCACGCAUGUCAAAUUCUCAUACAUUGUCAUCAUCUAGUACCUCUACAUCUAGUUCAGAAAACAGUAUGAAGGAUGAAGAAGAACAGAUGUGCCCCAUUUGUUUGUUAGGCAUGCUGGAUGAAGAGAGCCUGACUGUGUGUGAAGAUGGCUGCAGGAAUAAGUUACAUCAUCACUGCAUGUCAAUUUGGGCAGAAGAAUGUAGAAGAAACAGAGAGCCACUUAUAUGCCCUCUUUGUAGAUCUAAGUGGAGAUCUCAUGAUUUCUAUAGUCAUGAAUUGCCAAGCCCUGUGGAUUCUCCUUCAGUUCUCCGAGUGGUUCAACAGCAAAAUCAGCAGCAGCCUACAGGUGGAUCGCAAAGGAGAACACAAGAUAGUAAUUUUAACCUUACUCAUUAUGGGGUUCAGCAGAUCCCUUCCGCCUAUAAAGAUUUAGCUGAGCCAUGGAUUCAGGUAUUUGGAAUGGAGUUAGUUGGCUGCUUGUUUUCUCGAAACUGGAAUAUACGGGAGAUGGCACUUAGACGUCUUUCCCAUGAUGUUAGUGGUGCUCUAUUACUGGCUAAUGGUGAAAGCACUGGAAAUUCUGGAAGCAGCAAUGGAAACAACACAAGUGCUGGAGCUCUGGGAGCAGCUAGUGGAUCAUCUCAGACCGGUAUCUCAGGAGAUGUUGUAGUGGAAUCCUGCUGCAGUGUGCUGUCCAUGGUCUGUGCUGACCCUGUCUACAAAGUGUAUGUUGCUGCUUUAAAAACAUUAAGAGCCAUGCUGGUUUAUACUCCUUGUCAUAGUUUGGCAGAAAGGACAAAACUACAGCGACUUCUCAAGCCAGUUGUAGAGACUAUAUUAGUUAAAUGUGCAGAUGCCAACAGCCGCACAAGCCAACUUUCAGUUUCAACGCUGUUGGAGAUGUGUAAAGGCCAAGCAGGAGAGCUGGCAGUUGGUAGAGAAAUACUUAAAUCUGGGUCCAUUGGUAUUGGUGGUGUUGAUUACAUCUUAAAUUGUAUUCUUGGAACCCAGACUGAAUCGAACAACUGGCAAGCCCUACUUGGACGUCUUUGUCUUAUAGACAGACUUUUAUUGGAAUUCCCUGGUGAAUUUUAUCCUCACAUUGUCAGCGGGGAUGUUUUACAGGCUGACACUGUAGUAGACAGGUAUAAGAAGCUGCUGUCCCUCUUGAAUUUUGCCUUGCAGUCAAUUGAUAAUUCCCACUCAAUGGUGGGUAAAUUGUCCCGGAGGGUAUUUUUGAGUGCUGCAAGAAUGGUUGCAAGAGUACCCCAUGUGUUCGUAAAACUAUUAGAAAUGUUGAGUGUGACAAGCUCAACUCAUUACACAAGGAUGCGUCGACGAUUGUUGGCAAUAGCAGAUGAAAUGGAGAUUGCAGAAGCCAUCCAGCUAGGCAUGGAAGAGGUGCAUUCUGUGGAAUGCAGAUGUGAUGACUUUAUGCAGCUAUCUGCCCCAGAUAACUCUCCAGAAACAACAGAAAGUAAUACUCCUAACAAUACUGUCCAGUUAUCAGGGAAAAGUGGAAGAGGAUUGGGUGAUAAAAAAUUGAGUGCCGGUCCAGAGGACAUUUCUGAGAUACUGGCUGGCAUUUCUUUAGGACUUCCUGUUUCAUCAGUAACCACUGAGCAACCAAAGCCAGCCGUUCAAACAAAAGGCAGACCCCAUAGUCAGUGUUUGAACUUUUCUCCCUCAUCCAGUCAUUCCCAGUCAUUAUUCCCAAUACUGCCCUCUCCCUCAACCCCAGCUGUACCAGUUGGCCCUGUAACAGAUAUGUCUAAAGUCAGACCUCAGGGAUUCAUUCCCUGCAAAAUACCCUCAACUUCUCCUCAAACACAACGGAAACUUUCUCUACACAUAGAAAGAAACUGUUCUGAAAAUAAAGAACCAGAGAAACUUUCCCCAGUUUUUACCCAGGCCAGAGCUAUGCCAUCCAGUCAUAUACACAGGCCAAAGCCAUCUCGACCUACUCCAGGUGAAGCCUCAAAAACCAAUAUGACACUUGAUCUGAAUGAUAUUUUACAGUGUGACAGCAGUAGCAGUUGUAGUAAUGCAAUUAUACCAAGUGAAGAGACCGUGUUCACACCAGUAGAGGAGAAGAGUAGUCAACUGGAUGUCAAUGCAGAGCUCAAUUCCAGUAUUGAGGACUUACUUGAGGCCUCUAUGCCUGCAAGCGAUGGCACGGUUACAUUCAAGUCGGAAGUUGCAGUUCUUUCUCCUGAACGGGUGGAAAACGAUGACACUUACAAAGAUGAUGUAAAUCAUAAUCAAAAAUGCAAGGAAAAGAUGGAAGCCGAAGAAGAGGAGGCUUUAGCUAUUGCCAUGGCAAUGUCAGCGUCUCAAGAUGCCCUACCAAUAGUUCCCCAACUACAGGUUGAAAAUGGGGAAGAUAUCAUAAUUAUUCAGCAGGAUUGCACAGACAUAAGGAGGACACAGUUCCUAGGAAUUCGAAUCAAAUACAGAUACAGACAAGCAGCUGCCAGUACACCGGAAACACUGCCUGGACAUACCAAAGCAAAACACCAUUACAGAGAAGAUGCGGAAUGGCUCAAAGGUCAGCAAAUAGGCCUUGGAGCAUUUUCAUCCUGUUAUCAAGCUCAAGAUGUAGGAACUGGGACAUUAAUGGCGGUGAAACAGGUGACGUAUGUCAGGAACACAUCAUCUGAACAGGAAGAGGUAGUCGAAGCACUGAGAGAAGAGAUAAGGAUGAUGAAUCAUCUGAACCAUCCUAAUAUCAUUCGAAUGUUGGGUGCUACAUGUGAGAAGAGCAACUAUAAUCUCUUUAUAGAAUGGAUGGCAGGGGGAUCAGUUGCUCAUUUGUUAAGUAAAUAUGGAGCUUUCAAAGAAUCAGUUGUUAUUAACUACACAGAACAACUGCUGCGUGGCCUUUCUUACCUCCAUGAGAAUCAGAUUAUCCACAGGGAUGUCAAAGGUGCCAAUUUGCUAAUUGACAGCACAGGUCAUAGAUUAAGAAUUGCUGAUUUUGGAGCUGCAGCCAGGUUGGCGUCAAAGGGAACUGGUGCUGGAGAGUUUCAGGGACAGUUGUUGGGAACUAUUGCAUUUAUGGCACCAGAGGUACUGCGGGGCCAGCAAUAUGGUAGGAGCUGUGAUGUAUGGAGCGUUGGCUGUGCUAUUAUAGAAAUGGCUUGUGCUAAACCACCUUGGAAUGCUGAGAAGCACUCCAAUCACCUAGCUUUGAUAUUUAAGAUUGCUAGCGCAACUACUGCACCGUCAAUCCCCUCACAUCUGUCUCCUGGUUUAAGAGAUGUGACCCUUCGGUGUUUAGAACUUCAACCUCAGGACAGACCCCCAUCACGGGAACUGCUGAAACACCCAGUCUUCCGUACUACAUGGUAGCUAAUUAUGUAAAAAUUAUGAUUUACUGAAGAUGCUACUGAAUAUGGAACAAUGCCCAUCUCGCAGUGCUGUUUAGCACCGCAGCAUGUAUUAUUCUACUGGUCUUAAUUAUACAUCAAGGAUUUAAGGCCAGUGGAGGAUCCUUACCUAAGUAUGUGAUUGACAAAUCGAGAUCUUUACCUAAGCUCAGUAUGCAACCUUUCACAACUUGUGAAGAAAUAUGUGAACUGUGCCUUUUCAAAGAUCUGGCUCAAGGUGAACAAGCAAACAUUUUUCUUUAAAUCUGCAUGAUUGUUUAGCAGAUAAGAUUUAUUUUCUUUUGGAGCACUUUUUCAGCAAUAUUAGCAGCUGAGGGGCUCAGGAUCUAUUUUAAUGUUGCAAUCACUGUUCCGUUUCACGUUGUGGUCAUAAGCAGAGGGUUCUGCAAUUCCAUUCAGUUUUUCAUCACUGACUAAAAAGGAAAUUCUGUAUAUGUUCCUUUUAUUUCACAAAGUAUGUUCUCUUAGUGGAGUAAUAAAUACAAACAUGGAUGAAUACUUUUAAAACCAUAUUCUGCCUUCAUUAAAAAUGUGACAAGGCAGCUGUGAUUCACUGUGCAUUUACUGCUGGCCCUGUAAUUUCCUUUUUGAAGUUAUGGUUCUAUACUUUCAUUUUAUUUUACAUUCAGGGAAAGGUGAUCUUUAAAACAAUCAAUCUUCAGAACUAGGUGCAAACUAGAUGUCACUGAAUAUCUUGCUGAUUGAAGAAUACAGGUUUAUUUGAAAUCUGAAAAAAAAAAACUGAUAGUUUCAGGCUCUCAUAGUGCAGGUAUUUUUUUUUUUU